UGGGAAUAAAAGGACCAGCUUUCUUGAGAAUGCUUCAACGCUGCAGGGGUUCCUCUGAGAGUUUUGUAGUUUUCUAGGAAGAGAAUUAGUGCCUUUGGUGAUUGUUAUGGUUGGGGAAUCUCGGAUGGAGAGGGACUUUAUGGGAUUGAGUGGAAAGGAAGUCAAGGGGGAAGCAGGAGGAGGCCAUCAGGAUUCAGGAUCAGCUUUACAAUGGCCUUUUGCACCGCAGCGGUUCAUAUCUCACGAGCAUACGCAGCAAGAGAGUCCAAUAUAUAGAGGUUCCAAUCAGUACUCUGCACCUGGAUAUCUCCCUGUGCUAACCAGGGAUACCUGUGAUGCUAAAAUAAAUACUGAGCUGUCAUCACAGAAACCUUUCAGUUCAGAAUCUUCAGAUAAACAAGGUGCCCACCUGUUUUCACUGCAGUCAAUUCAUUCUCCAAACAGUGAUUCUUUUGGUGCUUUAAAACACGAGGAGUGUGAAAUUAGAGCAUACAAAACACUCCCACGUCAUUCAAUUCCAGUAUUGAUCGGCAGUCCAUUCUUCGCGGCCCACGCUUCUCCAAAUGGUCCCAAACUCACAGUCACUGAUUUAAAGCAGCAGCCCUUUUUCAGAGGAACAACAACAGUAAAUUCCCCGGCUGCGGGAUCUUCUGGAGCAUUUGAUCCAAGAAUCUUGUCCAAGCCCACAACCAUGACUUCUCAACUCACGAUAUUCUAUGCUGGUGCAGUUAAUGUUUACAAUGAUAUUCCACUUGAUAAGGCACAAGCUAUUAUGUUCUCAGCAUCCAAAGUGGUUUCAGAUGUAGUGAGUUCGAGGUCUGAAAGGCUUCUUUUGCCACCUAUUGGAGUGAAAAUGGUUCAUGGUGUGAACACUGACCAGAGCCAAACUCAAAUAUUGAAUCACAAGACAUCACCUUGUCCAAUUCUUCCAAGCCCGAAAUCUAAGACUUUGAGUAGUUCUGGAAUCGCUAAUGAUAUCUCUCAAUCGAAGGCUACUGAAACAGUGGUUCCUACACGCCCCGUCAUACAAAGAGCUAUUCCUCAAGCAAGGAAUGCGUCCCUUGCACGAUUCUUGGAAAGGCGCAAGGAAAGAGUUAGCAAUGUCUUACCAUAUGGAAACCCCAAUAAGACCCUCAAGGGAAUAUCAAGUCUCAACGAUAAUAAUUCCAGCAGCAAACCCUCAUUGUUCGAUGUUGCCUCUUCAAGCAAUCCUGAGCAUUCAUUGGAAUCACAGUCACCAAACACCAAGUUGGAUAUUUAGUUUUAUAGCAUAUAUUUAUCAAUUGGGGUCUUAAGCACAAGGUAAACAUCUUCAAUAAAAUGAUAUUUUGGUCAAGCUUUUGUAUGUUCAUCUAGAAACAACAGCAGUUGAGAUGCUAACUAGUGAGGUUAUAGCCUUUUUAUUUUUGUCUCCCCAUGUUUAUUUCAAUAUAAAUUUCGAACCUUGUACCAUUAUCGAUUACCAUAGCUUGUUGAUUGUCAUGUAAGAAUACACCAAGAGAUUUGAUGAUAUAUUUUGAGGAAAUUUGGGUAGUUUUUA